CAUCCUCUUCUGUCCUGUCACGUCUGUUGCUUUACAGCAGCUCUAUAAAUUAGCCUGGAACUCCAUCAGUCAUUCAGGUGUUGGAACUCUGCUGCGUCUCCACAGUAAGUUGUUCAUCAGAAGCUGAAGCCAUGCCCGACACGGUUUCAAACCAACCCAGGCCGUACAUCACGAGCACGACGUCCAACGACUGGACAUCUGGCAUCUGUGAUUGCUUCGAAGACCUGCCCACAUGCUGCCUGGCGUUUUGGUGCUUUCCCUGCUUCACCUGCGUGACAUCGCACAAGGCCGGGGAGUGUGUGUGUUUACCUCUGCUGGACGGUUUUGGACUCAUCCCCCCCAUAACCACAUCCAUGAGGGUUUCAGUGCGCCAGCGAUACGGCAUCGAGGGGACCAUCUGCAAAGACUGCUGCUACACCUGGUGCUGCUACUCCUGCACCUGGUGCCAGAUAGCAAGAGAGAUCAAAACCAGGGCGAACCCCAUCCUGUUCGUCAACAUGAACCCCAAAUAAGACCAGAGAAGGCGGGGUUCGCCACCGCCUCAUCGCUGGUGAAACAGACGUCACUGGGGACCCGUCUUCGUCAUCAGCGAGGGCCAUUCAUACAAGACUGACUUCUGAUCUGUAUCAGGAAUGUCACCGAGCGGCUGAUUGCAGAUCAGAACAUGACGGCUGUAAAUGAUGCAUCACUCAAUAACAGAAAGCGGAGAUAAGCAGACACUUGGCCUCUGUGACAUCCACUAAUGAGAGCUAGCCAGGGAGACACAUUGGUGUACUGAUGAUGCUGAUUCUUCUAUUUUAAACCAACAUUUUAUUCCCUCUACAGUUUAAUUAGACAUGUUAUUUCAUUUUUUUUUCUCUCUUUUAUCUUAUAUGUUCCUUUGGAUUGAUUUGUUGUCAUACUUUUAUCUACAAAAGGACUUCAUUAAACUUGAUAUGUCACCAAAAAUGUGUAGUCCUGAAACUCAUGUGCAAAAAUCUCUUGCAUGAAUGGUAAUAAGAGUUGUUAGUUGCGAAUUACACAUUUUAAUGUUGCUAAGUAAUUAACAUUUUACCUCAUUCUAUCGCCAUUUGCUUCUAAUAUCUAUUCAUAUGCAAGUAUUCUGUAUUUAUAAGUGCAAUAAAACUCUUAU